CUGUCUGAAAUCAUUAUAUUGCAAAUUCGAGUUUCAUAUAAAUAAACGUCAGACGAUACCGAGUACAUCAAACAUUCGAAAGAAGUCAACAUGUUCACACAAUUAACAAUUGUUUUCCUCAUUGCUGUUGCAGUUGCGGAUCCUAUUCCGAGGCAACUACCUUUGAACCCUUACACGCCAAAUGGUUUCAUCGUCGGUGGUGCAGAUGUAGACAUCGAGGAAGUACCUUAUCAAGUGUCUUUACAAGCAUACGGUUUUGGUUUCUGUGGUGGUAGCAUCAUUAAUAAAAACUGGGUGCUUACUGCAGCUCAUUGUGCGAUCUACUCAGCAGAAACGAUAACUGUACGUGCUGGGACAACUACGAAGAGUUCAGGAGGUAGCAAACAUAAGGUGGCAGAGAUCAUCAAACACGAGAAAUUCAGCACCAACAUCUAUGGUGUCCCUCAAAACGACGUGGCAUUGAUCCGUCUAGCAGAUCCAUUCGAACUCGAUGAAAAACGUCAACCAAUUUCUUUGUUCGAGGCAAAAGAAGAAUCUGUUCCUGGAGUAAAAGCUACGAUCACUGGCUGGGGUGUAACUUAUCAAGGUGGUACAACUUCGGAUAAACUUCAGAUCGUCAACAUUCCAGUUGUCUCGAAGGCAGAAUGCAACGAUGCUUAUAUUUCGUUCGGUGGAGUACCAGCUGGACAAAUUUGUGCAGCUUACCCACAAGGUGGCAAGGACGCUUGCCAAGGUGACUCUGGUGGUCCUCUUGCUAUCGAUGGUCGAUUAGCUGGUAUAGUCUCUUGGGGUAAUGGAUGUGCGAAGAAAGGAUAUCCCGGUGUUUACACCGAGAUAGCAGCUUACCGCGACUGGAUCGAUUCCAAGUUAAAAGCUUAAAUUCGAUACUGGACCGAUUUUAUCGAUCGACCAAUGAUAUUUCUUUUAUUUGUUUCUUAACAUUAUUAUUUUCUUGUCAAAUGGACUAGUACUGGAUAAUUCUUGUAAUACGUAGGUACUAUUACUUCUACUUGAUAGUACUCGUGAGGCAAGAGUUUCAUGUACUUUCUAGAUAUACAUAUGUAUUCCUAACAAUCGAAAUAAAUGCAUGAAGGUUAAAA